AUGAAGGUCUUUGCUCUUGGUGCCCUCGCUUUGGCGAGCUCGGCUUUGGCUGAGGAUGUCCUCUACAGCAAGCGUCUGGUCAAGCGCUUUGUCGAUGACGAUGGCAACUACAACAUGUCCUUUUUCCAUGUCAAUGAUGUCCACGCCCAUCUCGACGAGUUCUCCUCUUCGGGCACCGACUGCGUCGAUCCCAAGAAGGGCUGCUAUGGCGGCUACGCUCGCAUCAAGCACACCGUCGAUGGCCUCCGCAAGGAGUACCCGGACAACCUCUGGCUCAAUGCCGGCGACGAGUUCCAGGGAACCCUCUUCUACUCCUUCUACGGACCCGAGAAGAUCGCUGAGACCCUCAACGACCUCGAGUUUGACGCCAUGACGCUUGGCAACCACGAGUGGGACGGCGGUGAUGAGGAGCUUGGAGAGUUCCUCAAGAACUUGACUUUCCCUGUCAUUUCUUGCAAUGUCAAGAGCGAGUAUGAGAACUUGAACAAGACUAUCAAGAACUACCACAUCUUUGAGGAGCAUGACCUGGCUGUUAUUGGCGUCACCACCGAUACCACGCCCGGCAUCUCGAGUGUCGGCAACAAGACCACCUUCCUCGACCCCAUCGAGGAGGUCCAAAAGUCCGUCUAUGAGAUCCGCAACAAGACCGACAUCAAGCGCAUCGUCGCCCUCACCCACAUUGGCUACGACGUCGACAAGGAGCUCGCCGCCAAGACCGAGGGCAUCUCGCUCAUCAUCGGCGGCCACAGCCACACCCCCCUUGGAGAGAUGAAGAACGCCGAGGGCAAGUACCCUACCAUCGUCGAUAAUAUCAACGGUGACGAGGUCUUUAUCGUGACGGCGUAUCGAUGGGGCGAAUACCUCGGCUACAUCGAUCUGACCUUUGACAAGGACGGCAAGGCCCUCGCCUACCACGGAGGCCCCAUCCACAUGGACAACAAGACCGAUGUGGACGAGGAGCUGCAGAAGAAGGUCGAGGCCUGGCGCGGACCCUUUGAGGAGUUUGCUGCUGAAAAGGUCGGCAACACCAAGGCCGAGCUCGACCAGACUCAGUGCCAGAAGGGAGACUGCCUCCUUGGCCAGGUCAUGGCCGACGCCAUGCUCGAGUACCGCCUUAACCAGAGCCGCAGCGAGGAUGACAAGCCUGCUCUUGCCUUUGUCAACGCCGGCGGAGUCCGCGCCACCAUCGACAAGGGCGACAUCACCCGCGGCGAGGUCCUCACCUCGUUCCCCUUUGGCAACGCCAUCGUCGAGCUCACUUUUACCGGAGCCGAGUUGGAGGAGCUAUUCGAGGGUGCCGUGUCCCGCUUCAACCAGAACAACAAGAAGCCUAUCACUUCGUGGUUCCAGGUGUCCAAGGGUCUCAAGAUCGAGUACAACCCUGAAAACAACAACGGCUCCAAGCUCAUCAGCCUCACCCUCGACGGCAAGGCUUUCGAGAGCAAGACCAACUACCGUGUCGUCACGCUCGAUUUCCUGGCUGGAGGCGGUGACAACUUUAUUGCGACGCCGAACAAGAACCUGGCGACUCUGGAUAGCCAGGAUGAGGUGCUCAUCCAGUACCUCACCGCGUAUAACCCCCUGGACGCCAAGCUGGAGGAGCGUGUCGUGACGACGAACGAGACUAGCGCUUCUGAGGAAGAGGACCAGGAGGAGGCCAAGUCGGGUACGGGAAGCAGCGGAGGUAGUGGAGGCAGCGGAGAGAAUGCGGCUAGCAGUGCCAAGGUGUCGCUGUUUGCUGCUGCUGCGGGUGUUGCCAUGGUCCUGUUGACGAUGUAA